AACAAAAACAAACGGCUGAGCUGGAAUAUUGUCUCUCAACUCUAACCAUUAAAAUGUCCAAGUGUGGUGACUACAAAUUAUACAAUGUAAAGGAUAAAACAUGGCAUGAAAUGUUGAAGAUGUAUCAACUGGAGCCAAAAGCCACUAGCGAUCAGUUAGACACAAAGAAGAAAGAAGCUGUGUGGGAGCUAUUCACAACAGAAUGCAACUACUUUCUUGAUCAUCUGCUGGUUCUCAAAAUGAUUUUUAUGGAUACAUUAAAGUACCUGCAGAGCAAAGAGUUCCUACCAGAUGUGGAUCCUGGCCUACUGUUUGCAAACCUGGAAGAAUUAAAUCAGGUGACUCUAAGUUUUGUAACCAGUUUAUUUAGCACCAUUGAAGAUCAUCUUCUCAGGCGAACACCCUCCCUUGAUUUCAUCGGUGUACUCACAAAGCAUUUCCAAGGCAACCUGUGCCAGAGCCACCAGAUAUACUGUCUGACUUAUACUUCUGCUAUUUUUUACUUGGAAAAACUGAAAAAAAGAGACGACUUUGGGACCUAUUUGAAAUGGUGCGAGCGGAAUAAAGAAUGUAAGCGACUCCGACUAGCUGAAAUGUUAGUUGCACCUUUACACAAGUUGACCCGCUAUCCCCUCCUGUUAAAGAACAUUUGGAAAAAUAUAGAGACAGCAGAGAAAGUUAUCAUUAAUUCACUUAAGGAAAAGGUGGAAACAUCAAUACGAGAUUUGGAAGGUAAAGUGAAAUGGCUGGAUAAUUUUCAGAAAUUUAAACAGCUUCAGGAAAUUAUAAUUUGGCCUUCACUUUGGGAUCAAGACAAAAGAUAUUUUGUUCCUGAGUCUCUCAAGUACAUGCUAAGAGAUAAUCCACAUGAAAACAUCUUGUCACCUACAAAGAGAUCACUUGUUGUUGAAGGGCGAUUGAUACUUGCAGAAUCCAUGAGAUUUACCGACGUCUAUCUGUUCUUGUUUGAUGAUUUGCUAUUGAUUACAAAACCUAACCGAUAUAAAAAGAAAUUUGACCUGAGUUUAACACCUGCUUGUUCUUUCUUCAGUCUGGAGUUACAAUCUUUGCUUGAAGAAGGUGGUAACUGCAUGGUACUUGGCCAGCCUAUUCCAUUAGAUAGAAUGAUGGUAAAAAAUAUUGAUUCAUUCCAUAUAGCAGCACUGGGACUACGAAAUGCUUUUCUAAUACAACAUGAAAAUAGAUAUCAACAGUGCAUAGGAGCCUAUUUACUUCAAGCACAAACAGAGGUAUCCAAGAAAACAUGGAUAUCCCAGAUGGAAACAACAAUCACCAACUAUAUAAGAAGAAAUAAUCUUUCAAAAGCUUCAUUUUUCAGUACACUUGCUGAAUCCUCUGAAAUUUAGCUGUAGCUUAUAAUGUUUUUACUUUUUUAAUGUUUUUCAAUUUUUAAAGAA